GAGACAGUUGGCAGGCACAGACACUAAUAAUUACUGUUCUCGGUUCUCAUCUUCCCUCGGCUCUUGGUUGCUAUGGAAAGUGACGUCAGAACCCGGAAGUUUGUACACAACUUCCUUUCCGCUUCAGCCCUUGUGCGAGGCAAGGACAUGAUUUUCCCUCUCGUUCCUCCCUCGGGAUGUUUUAUUCACAAGAGUAAGGAUUGUGGGACUAUGCAAUUGUUUAUCCAUACAUAGUUUUUAUUAAUUCUGUCCCACCAUACAACUUGGUCAUGUCGGACCUGCUUUUAAAUUUGGGUGUGGAUUUCAGCCAGCCUUCUGGACGGGCUGGACCCACCAACCAGAAGCACAAACGCUUCAUUAAGAGAAGGAAGUUCUUGGAGAGAAGAGGUCUACUGAAACAAAAGCAGUGCCCGCCGAGGCCAAACCGUCCCUUGCCGACCAAUAACUCAGGGCAACAAAUCAACUCAUGGGCCCAAGACAAGAGAAAAGGGCAACAAGGCGAUACCUGGAACCAAUUUAAUAGGACUAAUACAACAAACAGCAGCACAAGCUGUAAUGGUUUUCAUCAGCAAAAAGCACCUGUCAAACAGCAAGGACAGCCAAUCCAGUCUAGUACCCGGACAGUCCAUUUUAACUCUGGGCCACAUCCGUGCCGUUUUGCUACUUUUACUCCAAAGGAAACAUCAAAGGCCAUUUUUAAGGGUCCAAGCUCAUCAGAACCAGCAAGGGUGAAUGGGCAUACCUUCUACACAAAGGUUCCGAUUUUUCCAGGGCAACCCCAGGACAGCGUCCUGAGUGAGUUUGAAAGUGGCCUUCCUUCCCUCCCUUCUACAACUGGCCCAUCUCACAAAGCCGUAGCCAUAGACUGCGAAAUGGUGGGCACUGGACCGAAUGGAAGAAAUAGCGACCUGGCCCGUUGCAGCAUUGUAAACUGGUUUGGGGAUGUGAUGUAUGACAAAUACAUUAAACCCAAAAGUCCCGUGACUGAUUAUAGGACUAGAUGGAGUGGAAUCAGAAGGGAACACCUGGUGAAUGCCACUCCUUUUGACGUUGCACAAAAAGAGAUACUUAAGAUCCUCAGUGGGAAGGUAGUGAUUGGACAUGCUAUCCACAACGACUACAAGGCCCUAAAUCAUUUCCACCCCAAGGAAAUGACCCGGGAUACAUCUAAGAUCCCUCUCCUGAAUCGCAGGGCUGGCUUCCCGGAAAAGGAAGUCGCCUCUCUUAAGCGACUUGCCAAGCAGCUUCUGCACAAAGAUAUCCAGACUGGCAGACAAGGGCAUUCAUCAGUAGAAGAUGCCAAGACCACCAUGGAACUGUACCGGGUUAUAGAAGUGGAAUGGGAGAGAGAAUUGGCAGCUGGCCAUGUUCAACAGUGACACGAGCAUUGUCAAUAAUGGGCACGGGAUGCAUUUGUUAUUUUUGUAGAUCUUUUGACGAAUUCAUCCUGCAAAAUAUAUUGGUAUACUGACCUCACAAUAAAUUGUGAACGUUCAGCCAA